GACAGUCGAAUUGCUUUACGGACACCACCGGCAGUAUUUUGAAGUAUGUAAUUGUCCUUGUAAAGAUGCAGCGAACAUAUAUCACGUACUGAAAGUUGCUGCUCCAGGCUGAAACAUCUGCAUUAAGACCACACGAUGGCAUCUCGUUUCCUCAAGUUCUCGGUGCUUCUCCAGAAGUACCGGGCUCCAUUGCUCAUCGCGAGCUGUGGAGGAGUCUUCGCAGCCAACAUGUUCUACCACGUUUUCCCCGGUUUGUCCUACCGUCAGCUCUAUCAAGCCUGGCAUAAGGGAGAGCCAGUGGUGCUGUCGGAAAAGCUGGAAAGUGUCUUUCAGCAGGUCCUGAAGGACUUCCGUGUCAGCUCAGUCAAGAACUUCUCUGCCUUCGCCUCCUUCGGGUUUCACCCGGUUGGUGCCGGUGUUCCAUGGCUUCCUGCUGGCGCCCAAAUCGGCAUCCCAGCCAACUUUAACAGCACCACCGACGAUCCGAGUGGAAUAACCAACCGCAACAUCUUCAUCAACGGGAAAACGGUGGACUGGCGCACCGAGGCUGGCUCUGCUCUGAAGGAGGCGCUGGUGUUCUCCACAGAGGCACAGAAGUUCGCCAUCGCUCGGGAGGUGGCCCGCUUACAAUCCGGGGGUCCGGUCCUGACAGCUGCAGUGGCUCCGUUCUGCCUGGGCGGGGUUUGGGUGUACAGCGUUGUGCUGAAGCAGGUGUUUGGCCUGCAUGGCGGCCCCGUGCUGAUGCGUUUUUCAGUGAACAUUCUGGCGCUGGGAAUUGGGGCCGUUUCUUACUUCCUCACCUCUGACGCUCUCAGCCAGUGGAUUGACUACAGCUCAGACAAACAUGCAGCGGGAGUGUCUCGGGAAUACGCCAGAGGAGGAGUGGAGUUUUAUGAUAAAAUCUUGUCCAGAAACAAGACGCUGCGCUCACUGAUGGGACAGAAAGGCGAGGAGAUGUACGCGCCCAGUGGGAACCUGUUUCCUGCUCAUGUCCUUCAGCUGAAGCACACGCCUUACACCUCCAGGAGAGAAGGCAUCCUCGCUCUGAUAAAAGAAGAGAAAGCAUAAAACGAACCAUAAAGCUACAAAGCUGUUACCAGCAGGCAGAUAUUUCUAAUAGAAAUAUGCCUUUCUGAAUCUGUUGAAUAUUAAAUUUUUUGUCAUUAAAAUAUAGAAUUCAAGGUGUCAGAUAUGUGACUUUUAUCCAAUAAAAAGAUGUGGUUGAUUCCGAA